AUGGGGCCGCACCCAUCUUCCUCUUCAUCCGCCCAUGGCCGGCUACUCUCGCCUCGACGGGUCGCGACCGAGCCGCUGCCUCUUCAACCGCCGCGCAGGUCAAUGUCCGUCUCCUCAGCAUCCUCGUCGCGCUCUCUUGCCGCCUCUGCCUCGUCAGCAUCUGCAGCAGCAGCAGUCGCCGCCCCCAGAAAUUCCGACGAAUCCAUUGAGACGUUAUUUGACCACCCCUCCGUCAAGAUAAUAGCCUUUACAUCUAGCCAGCGCGCUUCUUCAUUUGGCGCUUCUGACUUCCUUGCUGAGCCGAAGCCAGGCUCACUGCCUGCUUCUUCCAAGCUGGAGAGAACCCUUGCUGUCGGUCCCUUCCGCAUCUAUCGCGCUCCGGGCUCAGUCGCCUUCCUCAGUUGCGGAUCUGCCCUCCAGCCCAUAUUACCCAAAUCCCAAUGCUGGUGUAUAGAUGAAAUCAACAGCCGAUUUGUCCUUCAGAUUCGUCGUCCCCAGUACUGGAGGAUAGAGCUGCCCCUCUCGGACCCUGAAGAUUUCGAGAGAGCAUCUGCUCUAAGAGACGUUUUUGAUAAUAUUUUGCUGUUUGAGAAGACGGAAUGUCCAUUUGUGAGAAGUUUUACUGUAGAGCUGCCCGAGAGACCACAGACACCCGUCAAGAAGAAACCGUGGACUCCCGUAGGCAAGCACCUGGUCCCAUCCGUUUUCUUGUCAGAUGUUUCAUCGCCCUCGUCGCCAGCAGUCAAGAUCGCUAAUGAGAAGCUCCGACGGAGGACCCUCGACAUAAGCUCACAGACGCACAUGGAAGCUAGGGAUCAAGCUGUGCGCAACACAGAGCGGGCAUUGCCCAACAGUACACCGAGAGGCUUGGCAGAUGGGCCACAUGUGAAUGUCAGAGAGAUGGCAGCAAUUGCAGAGGCUAAUCAACCUGGCUCUACGCCGGAUACUCACCUGGAGGCUGCCACAAGUUCAUCUCACGGCAAAACUAAUGAGACGAGACAAGGUGCUCUCACAGCGUCGAUCCCGGCAAGUGCAGAUCACCAUGCUCGGAAGGAACUGGAACCCACGAUACGAGACGCCCAGGGCAGCCCUCGAUUCCCAAUUUCAGCUCCCAUUACUCAAGCAACAACAAAAGGUUCUUCUAUCGUCCCCAAGACGCAAGAGUCUGCUCCGCAACCCGGAGAGGAUAGUAAAGAGUUACAUAGUAUAGAUGAGACAAAGCCUAGCGAAGCUAGAGACGACAUCCACACUUCAUUCGAAGCUGCUGGCAGCGUUGGCGCCGUCAACCUCAAGAAGAAGAGGAUGAGCCGAAUCCUCGCCGGUCGUUCUGUGACUUUACCUCCUCGGCUCACGGUAGUGACAUCGACACCGCCCAGACCGAGUCAAGCCGCAGCCACGGAAGAGGCGCCAACGGUGUCCUUGCCAGCAAGAGCAUCGUCAGAAGGUGCCCCAGAGGAGCAGUCUCCAAAUGGCUCCGUGGACUCGUUCCACAGUGUGCAGUCUUGGCACAGUCCGAUCAGUCCACCUUCCCUCUCACCGAUAUCCUCUUCGCCUUCUCCGCCUUUGUUCCCAUACCCACACGACAAUAUCAGGAUCCCCCAUCGGGGAUCACGGGGGACGUCGAGUGCUGAAUUCACACCCGCGACGGACGCGACCUUUGUGCCGGCUCCCAUGUCAGUUGAGACUCAUGCGCAGGAUAACCAUGAUUCGGCUCCGGCACUGGGGACGGGUUAUGACGAGGGCGUCAGCCGUGGCCUACUGCAGAACCCGGCCGAGACAAUGGCCAGAUCAUCGGCGACGCCGCAGCGACCCAACAGCAUACAUCAUCGCCCAAAGACUGCCGACCCCUCGGUCGGCAGACGUGCUUUCCCGUCGAUGCCAGCAUCGGCCAAUAUUCUGUCGCCAACGGUGCGAUACCGCCCAGAAGGACCCCUCGCGGUAGUGCGCAGGUUGCCCAGCGUGAUCCUCCAAAAGACGGUAGAGAUACUGUUGUCGCCACCGAGCCACCUCGUCAAUCUAAUGCUUCAGGUUGCGGCCAAGAUCGCUGCUGGGGAGUGGAGGGGCCUGGUACUCGGCAUGGGCGAAGGUGGAGAGAGUAUACCAGUACAUUGGGAUUACUCUGACGGCGAGCUGAGCGGUUGGGAGGACGACGAGGAUUACACGUUCUCCAUUAGUCGGCUUCCGACAAGCCGGAGGUCGACCGAUGUUGCACCCGACGACGUAUCUAAUUCCAUGUCGGAUAAGAAAGCCACACGGGCUGGUAAUAGCAGUAGGAGCUGGGAAGUAGAUUAA